UGCAUUAAGGUAGGAUAGUACGAAUCUCAAUGACUGAUGGGAAGCACAGGGGAAAGUCACUGGCGUAUAAAAAAAAAUCAUUUUGAAAUCAUUAAAGAGGCUCAAAUGGGGAUUGGAAGACUACAAAAUUGUUUGCAGAUCAAAAUGAGAAGAAGCAAGCCCCCGUCCACCAGGAGAGGCGAUAUCGAGAAGCUCUUCAACAAUUAUGCCUCAGGCCAGACCACGCUACCUGGCUGCUCCCUGCUCAGGUUUCUCCAAAAGGAGCAGCUGGAGCUCGCAGCCGACGAGGCCACGGUCCAGAGCUUGAUCGAGAGAUAUGAAAUCGAAGAGGCGGCCAUACAAAGUCAGUGCAUGACAUUUGAAGGCUUCCACCGCUACAUGGAGUCCAAAGACUGCUGUGUUUUCAAUCAAUCCCACAAGUUUGUGUACCAGGACAUGAAUCAGCCACUCAGCAGCUACUUUAUCUCUUCAUCGCACAACACCUACUUGACAGGAGACCAACUCAUUGGCAAAAGCCACCUGGAUGCCUACAUUUGUGCUUUGAACAAAGGCUGCCGCUGUCUGGAGAUAGACUGCUGGAACGGACCAGGUAUGGAGCCCAUCGUCUACCAUGGUUACACCCUGACCACAAAGAUUCUCUUCAAGGAUGUUAUUGCAACUGUGGGACAGUAUGCUUUUGAGGCGUCUAUUUACCCGGUAAUCUUGUCUCUGGAGAACCAUUGUUCCAAGGAACAGCAGGAAGUUAUGGCCCUCCACCUCACCUCUAUACUAGGAAACAAGCUGGUUGAUGUGCGCUUGGAUCACCAGACCACGGGAGACCUCCCAAGCCCAAAUGACCUAAAGUAUAAGAUCCUGAUCAAGAAUAAAAAACUAAAGCCCAAUGCUAGAAUAGAUGGAGCAUCAGGGACAGAGGCAGAUGACAGUGCAGAUGAGGGCUGGGAGGAGGAGGAGGAGGAGGAGGAAGAAGAGGAGGAAGAAGAAGAGGAUGAGGUGGAUCAACCGAGCAUAUCAAGGUUCUGGUCCCUGAGAAAGUCAAGCUUAAAAAAGAAAAAGAAGAAGGUGGUGGUAGCGGACGGUCUGUCCGACCUCGUCAUAUACACUGUGUCUGUCAAGUUCACCAGCUUCAGUCACUCCAAAGACAGUCAGAAGUCCUGUGAGAACACAUCCAUGGCUGAGAAAAAAGCCCGCAAGCUGGCCAAAGUUUCAGGUAAAGAUUUUGUUCUGCACAACCAGAGAUUCUUGACCAGGAUUUAUCCAGCGGGCUCCAGGACAUCCUCGUCCAAUUACAACCCUCAAGAGUUCUGGAACGUUGGAUCGCAGCUCGUGGCACUUAAUUUCCAGUCCCCAGGAUUGGCCAUGGACCUUAAUGAUGGCCGUUUCCAAGACAACGGAGGCUGCGGCUACAUCCUUAAGCCUGCUGUGCUCAUGUCUUGUGAAAGAAGCUUUGAUCCAACCUGCAGUCAACGUGGUGUUGCACCAACACUCCUGCUGCUCAAGGUUAUAUGUGGGUCCAAUUUACCACUUCCAAAAAUGGGGAAGAAUCUGGACCCCUUCGUCAGAGUUGAGAUCCACGGGAUCGGAUCGGACUGCAACAGAAAAAACACAAGCACAGUCAAAAACAACGCUUUGAACCCCUACUGGGAUUCCGACAUGAACUUCCGCAUCAGCAUUCCCGACCUGUGUCUCAUCCGCUUUUGUGUCCGAGACCAGACCGGCUUUCUGUCCAGUGACUUCGUGGGCCAGUACACGCUGCCUUUCAGCAGCCUGAAAAGAGGCUAUCGCUGGGUACCUCUUCAGGCCCGAUCAGGAUGCAGUUUGGAUCCAGCCUCUCUUUUCGUUUAUGCCUGGUAUUCCUAAAACAUAGACCCACAAAAUAACAACACACAUGCUGCCAACAGAGACGAGUGUAGCAGAGCAACAACAAACGGAUGCAAAUAAAUCAAAGCCUCAGUUAUAAAUAUCGGUUUUAUUAUAAGAAAAUAGAUAUGCUAUAUUCCUCCCAGUGCAUCACGGAAAAAAAAGACUAAAACACUCAAAAAGCAGUCCUACAAUAUCUAUAAACUGUAGUGAAGGGCAAAAUCCCUCGAGUGAGGUUGUAGCUUCCCGUAACAAAAUUAAAAUUUGCUGCGAUUUCAGUUAGUGCGAGCAAAGUUGUUUUCCCUCUCAGAACAAUAAAUUUGACACUUGCCAGGUAACAGUAAUGCUCCACGGCCUCUACUGUAUUAAAAAACAAAAGCUCCCCUGAAGCAUCACUCCCCUUCCCACGUGAGUUAUCAAGCAGGGAAUCGUAUAAAUAGCAUCCACAGAGGUAUACAUACAUUAUUGAAGUAAUUCCAGUGAAGAAAAAUCUAUUUCUGUUCAGCUUUAUAACCAAAUCCAAUAAAGCAGACGGUGAGAGGAGAGCUGUCAGCAGGAUGCCAUUAAGAUAAAAUUAGGAGCUGUGUGAUCAGUGAGUGAUAUUGUGGCUAGGUGGGUUUUACUCAUAAUAGCCAGAGGUGGUUUUUUUUUUAACUUAUUUGUAAAAGAUGAGCGCAAAAAGAAAUAGGUGCAGUAUUGUUGGAAAAAUGCAGCUUCAUGCAGCAUUAAACAGUCUUCUGCCAUUUUAAGACAGAGUUGAAGUUAUUGGGCAAUGGACGUUGUGGAAAAAAUAUUUUUAAGUUUUCUUUUUUUUAAUGUUUAAACCAGUGGUAAAUAUUUUUACGUACCACCAAAAAACAAAAAGGAAAAAAACCCACAAAGUUUUUACUUCGUUGUAAAAAAUAGUAUUUCUAUUAGUACAAAAUAUUAAAUUGUACCUUAACAAAUAUUUUACAGAAAACGUUUCUUAAAUAUUAAAUGAGACAAGAGAAAAUAAAUCUACUAGGGAAAAAAAUCUACUCGAUUACCUUUAUGUCCAUGAUUCAACAUUUGAUUGGCAUUCAUAAAAAC